UCACAAUAUAGAAUUAUGAAUAUAACUUAGUUUGGAUGCAAACAGACCUCUGUAAAAUUGUUUUACUUUGGAAAAUAUUGGCUGCAAAUGUAACCAAUUUACGUUCCUUUUUACAAACGGAAAUUGUGCUCGCCGUUACAGUGGAGUACCUAUUUGUGUUUUUAGUGAUUUAGUUUAUGGUUGUGUUACAACCCGCUGUUCCGGCAUGAUCAAUUUAAAUAAUAUGUAAUUUUUUUUCGAAGAUGUUGACGUAUUGAAAUCCUUUUGGUUGGAAGUUAUUUUAUUAGUUUAAUGUUUUUACUCAAAAUCAAAAGUUUUUAUUUCAAAUAGGCCGUUUUUCAAGCACUUUUUAAACGUUACAUUACUGUCUCUAGAUGUACGGUUCCAAAGUAUUAUUCUUAAGAAGACCCGCUAAAAACUCCAUUCAUUUACUUACGUUUCUUUCUAGCCUUCUAUAUAGGUACUAUAUUUCCGAAAUACUUUACAUAUAUUGCCCAUCUUAUCUUAACUGGACUGUAAGUUGUCUUAAGUUUAGACAUUCAAUUAUUCAAUUUAAAUUCGAGUGCAAUUAUUAAUUGGGCAAUUAUCUUCCGUAACCCUACACGAUUAAUAACCACCCUUUAAACGUAUGUAAAUGGUAUUUGAAGAAAAUAAAUAGUCAAUCAUAAACCUAGAGACUGACUAAGCAUAAGAGUAGAAGAUCGAUAAAGCCGCAAAAUUAAUUAUUCAUUAUCAUCAAAUCCGCUUUCAAAUUCCUGUAAAGGAAAUUUUAAGCUGACGUUUCAGACAAGAUAUAUUUCGUAGUCUCAUAAUAUAUUCAAUGUAAGGUCAGAUCAAGAUAUUAGCCGGAUUGGCGGCGUAACUAAGGGAUCAUGACUCUCAUGUCCGUCCAUCAAGAUGAAAUUAUUGAAAUAAACGUAUAUUAUUUGUGAUAUUGGUAGCGAAGCAAGCACGCGCGAGGGUCGUGUGAAAUCCUUAUUGCCCAACAACAAUGCGCCUCGUGACUGCCAAUGCGAUUUUGUCUUCAGAUUAAACGCUGACAUAAAUUCCCUUGUAUUUAUUAUAUCGAUAUGAAAGUGGAAUCUAGCCGCUGAACUGUAAUUUAUGUAUGUUCUACGAAGAAAUAUAAUGUUUGAUAAUCUUCGGCGUGGAUAUCAAACAAUUGUGUUUAAGGCAUCGUUGAUACGUAGAUGCGAGGAUACGAGAAUGUUUUGAUCAUUUUAUGUGGUUGAAUAUAUACGUCGCGUUUACAUUAAACUCAUAUAAACAAAGGUAGAGUUAACAUGCCACUUAUCUAAUUAAAUCGCGCUAAUCCUUCUACAAAUAUAUCAGAAUAUUAAUUAAUUAACCGUUUCUGAUUAAGUAAACACAGCGAGCUUCAUUUUGUAAUAGCAUUCAGACAGAUUUUCAGUGACUACUUGUCGCUGAAUAGCGCGCACUCGAGCGCGACGUCCUUCCUCCAGUCGCUCAAUGGAUAAUGUACGUGCCAAACGCUAACUUAGCCAAUCGCCGCUCCGUCAUUUGGGGCGCAUCAUUAGUCAUUAGUUAGUGUCUGUGACACAGAUUAUGUCGUAUACACAAAUAAGAGUUAUCUUUCACAGCUUACUAAUCUGUAUUCACUACGCGUGGUCUUAGAAGCAAGGAUGAACUAUCCCAAACAUUUUCGACUGCCGCUACAUAACAGCCGGUCCCCGUAAAAACAUAUUAUGUCUGAGCAUUAUGUCCGUUAACAAUGCACAUCUGACAUGCCGGGGCCUUUGUCGCGUUCUGUACGUACAAUUAGUUUCUUAUACACGCGGAAUUGUGAAAUCGUGUCUUUCAAGAUUCUGGUUCACCAAUUUUUGCCUCGAUUUUAGCAGGUAUGUAGCGCAUGUCUCAGUUCGGCCAUUCAUUUUUUUUUGAAUUGUACAACAUACGUGCACAGAAGCAAAAUUCGUCAAAGAAAAGAGCCACUACAUGUCGUAAAUCAACAAUUUUGUCGAGUGUAGCCCAGCCGGCGUUAACUUAGCUCCACCGACUUUGAAAUUACAUUUCGUCUUGAGAAAAGCUUUAACUUUGUGGUCUUUUUCUCUUCAGAGGGCUUUGUCUCGAGAAAACAUUAAUACAAGUUUCAAAGUUCAGCUUUUAAACAGAUUUGAAACCCUCUAUGUUGCUUUUGUAAAGAAAUAACCAAAAUAAUUGUUUUGUGUAAAAUAACUUAGGUAAAUAUAACAUAUUUACAACACAUCUAUCUUAAAAUUUAGGCCUUUUAGCUGAACGAUUUCGAGGGUAAAUAGCGUCACCAAACUCAAGCGAACCGUUUGAGGUUUAUCUUCACCCGCAUGACGGUUCCGGCUGUUUUCUAUUUAUAUUCUAUAGUUUCUACACUAUUUGUAACCAUAGCAUUGUUUAAUGUUUUAGUCUUCCACCACUUCACUUGUGUAAAUAUUAGCCACUCGUGUACCGUAUGAAAUAUGUGAGACAUGUAAAUUUCGAAUUGGAUGAGCAAUGUUCUUAAAGUAAACUUGGAGGGCGUUUAGAAGUUUGUGACUUCGCUCAGUAUUCGAAUAAAGAGAUUUCUUUAAAGUUGUUGGAUUCGAGGCACGGGUGGCGGAGGGUGGUUAGUGUGCACCGCAGGCUGCCAUCACGACGAAUAUUAAGGCGAGACGUGCUAGUCGCACCGUUCACCGUUUUCUUUCAUGCAUCGCCGACUUAUCUUUCGCAUUUCGAUACAAUCUCGAUUGCCAGACACGUGAUUUGAAAAUGUUUACUACCUACAGGAUUAUGUUAUAAAAUUUUGUUCCCCCUCCCUAACUCAUAAAACGUGAGUAUAUGAAGUUACAUCGUAUUCUCAAUACUUUGUGUAAUUUUCCUUUUGUAAUCAUAUCAAAGAGAUCUCAGUAUUAUAUGUGGAUUGUAUCAACAUUUUUUAUCCAUAUAAGAAAAAUAUUUUUUUCUGAAUGAAAAAUGGGCUUCUUUCAAUGCUUCGUUUUAUAUAAAAUUAUAACGGCAUUUAUUUGCUUUUGACAUCGCCAAGAUCAGUAAUGUAAGUACCAAGAACCUGGACAAUCGAGUAUGCGCACACAAUACUCAUACAGUUUUCGAUACAAUUUAAAUAAGUACCCAAACUAAAAUUUUAUACCGGAUGUAACUUACUUAUCAAAAUUAAAAAAGUAUAAUAUUACAUCUAUAAUUUGUGGUAAACGGUUGAUGACGCGACGAAUAUAUGUCCUAUAUUUAGUACGUAUAUACAGCAGAGAAGGGAAGAUUUUUCCGUUCACACACCCACAUCCCGCCUUUUCCGUGUCGCCGUGGUAUUGCGGCAGUCGUUGCACUGGGGACCGCUCGUUAGGGACUGUCCACUGCGAUAAAUCGAGUUUUCUCUAUCGCCUACUGUAAAUGCUCGUUCGGUUAAACUCAGCCUCGAACUACGUAACUUUUUUUGUACUAUUGUUGGUAGUCGAUUCACAUUUUUUUGCUAUUACCAGAUUAUGUGAUUAAGGUUUUAUAGUUUUAUCCAUGGCAUGCCUUUAACGCCCUUCAACAGACUUGCUGAUUUUUAUUUGAUCUCGGUAACGGCCUUUGAUUUAGUAGAUCGUAAACGUGAUGUUCUACUAAGUAGUUUUACGACCUGUACGACUACAAGCUUGCAUAAUAGAUUUGUUGGGCGAUUUUUCAGCCGAAGGUUAGGUCUCCCAAAAUGUAGCAACAUUUAUUAGCAGGCACGCGAGCAGUUUCUAAUUCCAUUAAUUAUACAGAAGGGUGUUUUUUACACAGAAACUACGGAGUUUACAACCUUUGUUUAAUUCAGGAAAAAAAAGAAACAUGGGUUGGUACGUUAAUCAAAAACUCAAUCAAUAGUUCAUAAGAAAAGAUUCUUCAAACAAUUUUAAAUACAAAACAAUAGCUAGAAUUAGCGAUUAACCAGAGGAAAAUAAUGUAAUAUUGAAAUGUUUUAGUUAAGGGGUUGUCGGAAAAAUAUAGUAAACAUCUUGUUUUUCGGGAUUCAAGUAAUAUUAUUCACAGAAACUUUUGCGACUGGUUCUGACAGCCAUAUCAUUAAUUAAGACAAGUCGUGAUUGAUUACCUAUUUAGCAUCGAAACAUUGGCAUCCAUACUAAUAAAGUUGUGUUUGCGAAUUAACGGGUGAUGCUAUAGGUGCUAACCCACCAUUUAAAGUAAGAAUUCGUAAGUUAUGGGAUAAGGACAGCGCACUAUGCAGCGUAGAGCGAUGGUUCGUAAUCAACAACUACAACUCCUGCACUACAAGAACUGGUGGAAGGAAAGUGAAUGGAGAAUUAAUAAAUUACAUUUAUCUAAGAAUGCCACACAGUCGCAGACGGAAGUUAAUACAUAACUAAGGAGCAAUUAACUGUUAUGAAAUAUUUUAAUCACAGUAAAAUACAAAGAUAUAUAUUAUACAAACAGUCUCAAUUAAACUUUUCAUUAUUCCUUAGACAGAGAGGACGAGAUAUAUCACUACGCCUGUUCGUCGACGUAGAGAAGCCGAAAUUCAGUAGCAAAUGCAGUAAGAGUAGCAACUGCAGAUAAUGUAAGCGUGCCCAGCGCCAACAAUGUCCUUAUCAUAGAGCACAAGCCCAUGCCAAAACGUUUAUUUGAUUUAGGCCCGGUUUCACCAACAUCGAAUUAACACGAGAGUAGCUACCCCAAUAUAAAUUUAUUCUAACCAUUUACCCCUUGGUUAACUUCAAUUUCAUUUCACCAAGUUAGUCUGCGGAUAUCUUAAUCUUGUUUAGUUACUCUGUAACCUUGAACGAAUGGAUGGAAUGAAACUAGAACGCUACCAAGUAAAAUAGUCCGGUUGUUCCGUGCCUGAGCAAUGGCGCUCCCUAUUUUCUAAAAUUGUUUGGAUAAUGUUUUGACUUAUGCUUUGAUCAUAUUUGAUUAGUUUCCUUGUUUAUAAUUGUCAUCAAAAUAAAAAUAAAUAAAUAAGACCUGGAAAUGGCAAAUUAUAAGAGAAAGCGAUCUGCUAAUUGGAUGGCAUCAGAAAAGACGCAGCUGGUAGAUCUAGUUACUGAGCAUUUUCAUGUCAUAGAAAAUAAAAGAACCGACGGGGUUUCAAUGAAGCAAAAACUUGCGGAAUGGACGACAAUAUCCAAUAAAUAUAAUUCGCAGACAACGCUUUCCCACCGUACUGCCGAAAAUUUGAAAUCCCAGUGGGAAAGUUUAAAAAAAGCUACCAAAAAAGAAGCAUCUUUUAAGAGGAUGCAUUUAAUUAAAACCGGUAAGUGUAUGUUACAAAAUUUUUAUGGCAAUUGUAUCUAUAAAUCUACAAAAACUUGUUUUUUCUUAGGUGGUGGACCAUCAAGGCCGAAGAUUGAUGAUCCUCUUCAAGAGAGGAUCCUGGGUCUUAUAACGCCAAGUGCUGUAGGUCUACAUAAUCCGUAUGAUAAAGAUAAUGUAAACGUUACAGAAAAUAUCACGGAAUCAUUUUCAGCAGAGGCACAUAAAAAGGACGAAUUAUUACAUACAAUUCCUGGCCCUGAGGUUCAGACUAAGUCAACACACCACGUUGAUACUAAUGAAACCAUGAAUAAUGUGGAUUGGGGCGAUUACACUCCAAACUGUCUAAAAACGCCUGUUUCAGAACAAUUGAAACCUUCAGGCAAAAAAAGGCCUUAUUCAGGAAAACGACUUGAAUGGAUGUCGAAAAGGCGGCCGCAACUUACGAGAGCCUCUCUUGAAAACUUGCAGGAGUUGAAGGGGAAGGCUAUUAAUGUCCAAAUCGAGCAUGCAGCUAAUGAGAGAGAAGAAGCUAAAAAAUUGUUUGAAAUCCAAAUGGAUAUACAACAAGAAAUUUUAAAACAAGAAAAAAUUAAAACUAGGUUGCUACUUUUAGAGUUGAGACAAAAAAAACGCAAAUAAAUAUUUAUUGCUUA